UCGUAGCCGCCGUCCGCCCAACCUAGUCUUCAGCGGGCAAAGCAAUACACCAGCUCGCCGAGCAGCGGAAAGGCACUGCAAACUCCGGCCAGGGGCUACAGACACGUUUUGUUUGGAGCUGCUGGUAACUGAGGGACAUGCCUCGCUUUUAAUUAACCUACCAUAGAGACGCAAGGUCAGCCCGAUCUCACCAGAAAGUGGUAAUCAUGGGCCACGGUGUCGGCUGAGGAUCCGGAGGGCUUAACACACGCUCCAAACGUUUCCACUCCGGUGUAUGACAUGGCCACAGCCUCAUCCAGAACAGAUUGUAGCAAUAACCACGGAGGGACGUCACAGCUACAUGCCAUUGUUUCUUGUGCCAAACUCAAAAGGAAGAAAAACUGGUUCGGGACAGCCAUCUAUGUGGAGGUGACAGCCGAGGGAGAGACCAAGAGGACGACCAAGUCCCACAGCUCCUCUAGCCCAAAAUGGGAGGAGCACCUCACACUGAAUGUAACACCACGCACACGCUUGGACUUUAAAGUUUGGAGUCACCACACUCUAAAGGCGGAUGCGCUGAUGGGGAAAGCCACUCUGGACCUGCACCAGGUCCUGGAGCAGCACAACAGGAAAUUGGAGAAUGUGAAGGAGGUGCUGAAGCUGACUCUGGAGAAUAAGAAUGGAGUGGUGACAUCAGGAGAGCUCACUGUGGUCCUUGAUGGCCUCACCGUUGACCAAGAGCAGCUGCACAAUGGGAACGCCUCCACUACAGCCAGUGAGUUUCUCUCUCUCUCUCUCGCUCUCUCUCUCUCUGUGCGUCAAGCGAUUCAGUCUGAAUAUUUCUUGUCUUUUUCUCCUCCUGUAGAAGUCCAACAAAAUGGAGAUACCAUUCAUGAAAAUGGAGAAGAGGCUUCCACAAAGGCUCAGACCAGCUCUGUGAAUGGGUCAAAUGGAGUGGAGAGCGAAGCACCCUCCACCUCCUCCGCCAACAGCGAGUCUAGCAAUGUCCCCGUGGUCAAUGGAGUUGGAGAAUCCUCCCCGACGCACCAGACCGCCAGCCCGAAGGUCACGCCUGCUCCUAACCCUGCCGACAGCGAUCGAGCCAACAGGACUGUUAAUGGGGAAGCCUCCAAUUCAACCAAUGCUGCUGCUGCUGUUGCUGCUGCUACUCCAGCCUCCUCCACAGAGGAGGUGCUGCCCCCUGCUGACGCCUCAGAGGAGAGUAAUCAGGCUGCCGCUACCAGUUCUACAGUGUGUUCAGCCUCUGCUCCCUCUUCCUCUCAGGCCUCCCAGGGCCCCGCCUCCUCCUCCUCCUCCUCCUCCUCCACCACCACCACCACCAUCACCACCACCACAGAGCCUGAUAGUGCCGCUGUCACAACCACCAACACCAACACCACCACCACCGCUGCCUCCUCCUCUUCAUCCUCCUCCUCUUCUUCGUCUGUGCCUGCCCAGAACCAGGGUGCUACCGCCUCCAGUUCCAUGGCGGAGACUGCUGCAGCCAGCAGCAGCAGCAGCAGCAACAGCAACAGCACAGCUACUGAUGGAGCCAAACCUCGUCAGCAAACCUCCAACAUUAGCACUUCAGACUCUCUGCCACCUGGAUGGGAGCAGAGGAAAGAUCCACAUGGGAGGACUUACUAUGUCGACCACAACACGAGAACCACCACAUGGGAGAGACCACAGCCUUUGCCACCAGGUUGGGAGAGGAGGGUGGAUGACCGGGGCAGGAUCUACUAUGUGGAUCACAACACACGGACCACCACGUGGCAGCGACCCACCAUGGAGUCCGUCAGAAACUUUGAGCAGUGGCAGUCCCAGCGCAGCCAGCUGCAGGGAGCUAUGCAUCAGUUCAACCAGAGAUACCUCUACUCGGCUUCAAUGAUGUCGGCAGAAAACGACCCUUUGGGUCCAUUACCUCCCGGCUGGGAACGGCGUGUGGACUCAAACGACAGAGUGUAUUUUGUGAAUCACAACACAAAGACCACGCAGUGGGAGGACCCACGUACGCAAGGGCUGCAGAACGAGGACCCUCUGCCUGAGGGCUGGGAGAUUCGGUAUACCCGCGAGGGGGUCCGCUACUUUGUGGAUCAUAACACCCGGACCACCACCUUCAGUGACCCGCGGACUGGGAAGUCUUCUGUCACCAAAGGUCCACAGAUAGCAUACGAGCGCAGCUUCAGAUGGAAAUUAGCACACUUUCGCUACCUGUGCCAGUCAAAUGCACUACCUAGCCAUGUUAAGAUCACCGUGUCUAGGCAGACGUUGUUCGAAGACUCCUUCCAACAAAUCAUGGCUCUGAAGCCGUAUGACCUGAGGAGAAGGCUCUAUGUCAUCUUCAGAGGAGAAGAGGGCCUGGACUAUGGAGGGCUUGCAAGGGAGUGGUUUUUCUUGCUCUCUCACGAGGUGCUCAACCCCAUGUACUGUCUGUUUGAGUACGCUGGCAAGAGCAACUACUGUCUCCAAAUCAACCCAGCCUCCACCAUCAACCCAGACCACCUGUCCUACUUCUGUUUUAUCGGCCGCUUCAUCGCCAUGGCACUCUUCCAUGGCAAAUUCAUUGACACUGGUUUCUCCCUUCCGUUCUACAAACGUAUGCUGAACAAGAAGCUCAUACUCAAAGAUCUGGAGUCCAUUGACCCUGAAUUCUACAACUCUCUGAUCUGGAUCAGGGAUAAUAACAUUGAGGAGUGUGGUCUGGAGAUGUACUUUUCUGUGGACAUGGAGAUCUUGGGGAAAAUUACCUCCCAUGACUUAAAGCCUGAUGGUGCUAAUAUUCUGGUGACAGAGGAGAACAAAGAGGAGUAUAUUGGGCUUAUGGCAGAAUGGAGGUUCUCGCGUGGAGUAGAGGGCCAGACCAAAGCAUUUUUGGAUGGCUUUAAUGAGGUGGUGCCCCUGCAGUGGCUGCAGUACUUUGAUGAGAAGGAGCUGGAGGUGAUGCUUUGUGGUAUGCAAGAGGUUGAUCUGCAGGACUGGCAGAGGAACACUGUGUAUCGGCACUACACAAGGAACAGUAAACAGAUCAUGUGGUUCUGGCAGUUUGUGAAGGAGGUGGAUAACGAGGUGAGACUGCGGCUGAUGCAGUUUGUCACCGGGACCUGCAGGCUGCCACUGGGGGGCUUUGCUGAGCUCAUGGGGAGUAAUGGACCCCAGAAGUUCUGCAUUGAAAAGGUCGGCAAAGAUACAUGGCUCCCCAGGAGUCACACUUGCUUUAAUCGGCUGGACUUGCCCCCUUACAAAAGUUAUGAGCAGCUGAAAGAGAAGCUGCUUUUCGCAAUCGAGGAAACGGAAGGAUUUGGCCAAGAGUAGAGCAUACUCCCUCUGCAGCGCACCCAGCCAAGUAAAACAAAAAAAAACAAGAAAAAAAAAGGAAAAAUUGCACAGAUAACCACCAAUGUACAUAAGCUAUUUUGUCAUUUUAAACCAAAUCUUAAUCCACCACCUCAUUUAGCAAUCUCCCUUAUAUUAUUCCCAUAAAUAUGCAAGCAUUUCAGCUUUUUCUUCUCUUUUAAAAGCCGAAAUCAAUAUACAAUACUUUUUUCCCUUCCUUUUUGGCUGGUUUUUAAAAAGGAGACUGAAAAAAAAUUACUUAGAGAGGAUUUUAUAGUAGAACCAUACAUACAGCUCUAGUUUUAUAGAGCUUUUAAUGGAUGAUUGUAGUGUUUGGUCCAGUGCCUGAGUUUUGUUUUUUUUUUUCUUCUUUUUUUUUUUUUUUCGGACCUUUUAGUUGUGAUUGUGCAGCGCUUGCAUGGCUGCCUCUAUGGGGGCAGAACCUCCCAAGGAUUCCCCCACCCCACCCCAACCAACACUUACUAACAACCAAACGAAUCGGUCAUCCACUCUCAUAUCAUGGAAAGGCCCAGAAUAUUCUAGACAGUAUUGCCGUUUGUCACUUUAGGCUUACAGAGCAGUAUUUCUCCCUUCAACCAAAAAAAAAAAAAAAAAGCUUUGCUCCUCAACUGCACACAUCUGAGGGGUGGGGGGAGAACUUAAUCUAUGUGCCGUUGUUAUGUCAGUCACACUAUGAUUUUGACAAAAAAAGAAAACAGGGGUUGGCAUGUGUUAAUUCGUGGAAUGAGAUAUUUAAAUCGCAGCGCUGUGUGUAUAGCAUCUUCUUAGCAAGCAGAGAUGCAUCAGAGAUUCAGCUCUGAAGUCUUCAGUUUGUGGCCUUUUCAAUGGGAGGGGCCCCUGUUAGAGACAGACAGGGGAGGACGUGCUUUUAAAAAAAAAAAAAAAAAAAAGACAGCGUCAAGAGUGUGAACCAGUGCACACUGUGUCCCAUGUGAUAUUUCAUAUUAAAAUAUGGCUCAAAAAAAAAGAAAAAAAGAAAAAGACUCUUCUCUUUUCCUCAUUGCUGUAAGAAAAUGGAACAUUGCAGAGGUGUGUGCUGGCAGCCCCCCCCCCUCCCCCCCAGAGAAUGAGGCAUGCUGGUGAAAGCUUUACGGUGUGGAUGUUCAGGCUGUGUGCUUUAUGACGGGUGAAUGAGAGAGUGAGGAGGUGGGGGACAUAACUGUUUUGAACUCUCACUUCUUUUACUCUGACACUCUUUAAAAUGUGCUCCCAAACCAUGGCAGUGCACCUUGUCAUGCCUGUUCUCUUUUUUUCCUCUUUUUUUUUUUCCCUGAAUCAUCAAAUUUAAUUUAUUUACAGUGUUAGGUCCCCCCCCCCCCGCUACCUGUUCAUUCGCCAAAGUUCACAAUGUUUUACUAGUUGUUUUUGUUCAACAGAAGGAAAAAGUUUCAAAUAAGAUGAAAAUCUUGUUGGGGACAAACUGUUUUAAACGUAUGGAAAUGCACAUUACUGAACAUGGAGUUGAGACUGUGUCCCCCGGUGUGGCCUCUUUGUUAAGAGUUCCCUUCUGUGUGUCUGUAAUCAUUAACUAGUCUUGAUCUAUUGAAUGAAAGCUCUAUUUGUGUGAUCAAAGAUGGCAGAAAGGUUGAAUAUGUAACCUAAUAUGUGAGAUUUCAACCUCUAUCAACUGUCUUUGUGGAUUGAUUUUCAUGGAUAUUUUAGUGGUAUUUCUAAUAGAGAGCAAACAUAGCCUACAGAGCAGAAACCGUUCUCCAUGACUCAUCAGAUGAAAAAAAAUGUCAAUAUUCGUUUGGAAAGCAGCAGUACCCAGCACCCUAUAUUUUUUACCUUUCCUCUUGAACAGAGAAUAACACCAAAAGCUAAACGUGUUUUUCUUUUAAAAACACAUGCGGACUCAAUUAUGUGCUUCUUAGCGUGAAGAGUUUUUCAGAGGAAAUGUUUCAUUGUCUUUUUUUUUUUUUUUUUUUUUAGUUUCUUAAAGUCUUAUUACUCAGACAGCUAUACAAGAAGGGACAGUACUUUUCUGUUUAAAAUCCGUUUACCAUAAAAUAGGUAUUACUUCACGUACUACUGCGCCACAGGCCAAAUGUCAUAAUCCGUGCAAAUAUUUCACAAGGUGUCACCCUACUUAGUUCAUGGUCUCUGAUUGGCUGCCAACAAAUCCGUAACAUGCCAAACUGGGUGAUGAAAUGCUAUAGGUUUUUUUUUUUUUCCUCCAGUCUUCAUUUACUUCCCCCGUGUUCACUUGUGUUCGUAGCUUCUUGCAUUCUCUUUGUUAUGUUGGGAUAUGUGAAAACUCUACCAAAUUCUGCCUCUCAUGCUUUCUGUUGGCUGUAUGAAAUGAGAAAAUGUCCUCUCCUCUGUGCCAGACGAGUUUUUAACAUGCUUGUGCACCGCCCAGAGGAGCUGUGCUGUAGAUUAGGUAGCAUGUUGUUAACGGUUUGGCAAACCUGAUCCUGGAAUCCUGAUAGCUUUUGCCCUUACAUCACAAUUCAUUUUUAUAUAUA